UGCUUAUCAUCUUGUUUGUAGGUAGUUCGAUAUUUGGCUGGUUGUGGACUGCAGAGCUGCCAGAUGCUGGUGUCGAAGGGUUAUCCAGACAUUGGAUGGAAUCCAGUUGAAGGAGAGAGAUAUCUUGACUUUCUCCGAUUUGCUGUCUUCUGUAAUGGGGAGAGUGUGGAAGAGAACGCUAAUGUCGUGGUGAGGUUGCUUAUCCGGAGGCCCGAGUGUUUCGGUCCUGCUUUGAGAGGGGAAGGUGGGAACGGUCUGCUCGCAGCCAUGGAGGAAGCCAUAAAGAUAGCCGAGGAUCCUUCUCGAGAUGGUCCCUCACCAACUAGCGGAUCCAGUAAAACACUUGAUACAGAAGAGGAGGAGGAUGACACUAUCCACAUGGGGAAUGCCAUCAUGACCUUUUACGCAGCCUUGAUCGACCUGUUAGGACGCUGUGCUCCUGAAAUGCAUGUGAGUGCUUUGCGGCCCGAGAGCGGCGAUCCUGGCUUACCCAUCUAUGUGAAGAAAUCCGUAGCUGGCAAAGAUGUUGACAGCAUGUACAAGUCAUUAAUAGAAUAGGCAGUUACUUGUGUAUUUCCAAAACUCAGACAGCCUCCCCACACUUUAAGAAGAAAAGAACACAUUUUUCCUAUAAAUUUCCUCUCCUCAUUUAGUGUGUGCGGGGAGCAGCCACUCCUGU